AUGCUCUCCCCCUCCCCCAUCCCUCUCCUCCCCCUCUCCCACGCCGCCUCCACAGCCGCCCGCCUCAUCCACCUCCUCACCCUGACCCUCCUCGCCCUCUACCUCGCCCUCCUCCUGACCCUCGCCCUGCAAGCCACCCGCACCCUCAUCCAGCAAGACAUCUCCGCCCACCUCGGCGCGCGCGCCACCCAUCCCCAACAGUGUCGCUGCCGCUGCUGCGCCGCGUACCUGCGCCGGCGCCCCGGCGCGGGCGCAUGGCUUCCCGUCGCCGACUCGUGGCCGGGGGUUCUGCUGCUUUAUGCGUUGAAGGCAGGAAAGGUGGUUGCGGAGGUGGUGGUGGUGAGGGAUGUGGUUGUGGGGGCUGUGGCGUACCGAGGGGCGGUGCUGGCGGUGGUGAUGUUGGGGUGGCGGCUGUGGGAGAUUGUGCUGAUGGGGGUGUUUGGUGGGUUGGUUUGGGUGGUGGGUGCGGCGCUGGAUUCGCUGGCUGUGUCGUGGGCGGGUGUGCUCGUUGGAGGUGCGGUGCUGCAGGCGUGGUGGCUCUACAAGCGUUGGACGAGUGAUGGGCUGAGAGGGGCGGCGAGGGGCGUGUGGGAGGAGUUUUUGAAGGGUCUUCUUGGUGGAGAGGGUGCUCUUGACGGGGGAAGUGAGAGUGAUGAUGAUGAUGAUGACGAUGAUUGGGAGGAUUGUUUGACCGACGACGAAUCAACGACCUAUGAACCCGAGACCCGGAGCAGCGUUGACGAGCCCGCUCACUGGGGACCCGAUGCGCCAGUUCUCACCACCGCAGAAGUCGCCACAACGUUCAUGCACGCCAUGGCGAGGCGGCAGCGCGAGGCACAAUUCCUGGCCGCCUACGACAGUAACGACGAAGGGUAUGGCGAUGAGGUCACUGACAACGAGGAGGCACCAGACGACCCUGAAGAUCAGCAGCAUCACCACUUUCAUCCGGGUGCCGGGUCGAAGACCGCAGCAGAUGAAGCCACGGUCCUGUGUGGUGGUCUCGUGCGUCCGCCCUGGGAGGGCGUCGGUGGAGAUGAGCAGUCGUGGUGGUGGUGGCGGCGGCGUGAGGUUGCUGUGGAGCUGAUGAGCGCUUUUGGCUAG